AUGACAAGCAACACUCCAACGACGGCGGCGGACUUGGAUAUCGCUCGGGAGAACCAGGAAGUCCACAUUCGGAUUGUGCUGAGUUCGGAAGAUGUGGAUCAGAUUCAAAGUAUCGUGGAAAAUCUGGAGAAAUGGCAAGACCCGGCCGUGCGUACCAUUACGCUGGUGGGAUCCAACAAAGAAGACGACGAUGGCCAAUUCCGCCAUUCCCCCGAUCUUCGGGGCCUACUUGCAGCUAUUGGCAAUGUCAUGACGAGUGUGGUGCAUUUGAAAUUCGAAAACAUUUCCGUGGAUGGUUGGACGAUACCGGCGGAGCUCUUGACGGCGUUGUUCCGUAAAACAUCGACUCGACUCGAGACGCUCGAGUGCACCGCGCUGCAAAUAGAAGGUACCAAGAUGGAAAUGUUGGAAUUGGAAUCUACUGUGGCAGGACUCGUGUGUCUGCGCAGUUGCUGUUUUAUCAACAAUUUCAUUUUGUGGUUGGGAAAGGAAAUGCAUCCCUUGGAUGGAAUGCUCCAGGCGCUCAGCAAGCUACCCCUCUUGUUGGGGGUAUAUCUGGAUAUUGACUACUUUAAUGAUUCCGGAGGACACGCCAGUCAAUUGUCGUCCUCUGCGGCACUCAGUCCUCUCUUGGGUUCCACCAACAUUCAAGAACUCAUUCUCAGCAAGUUUCUACCGUCACAUCCCGCCUUGCAAGAGAUUGGACAACACCUCAAGACCAAAAACUAUCUGCAAAAUCUCACAAUCUACUUUACACUCCCUCCAAAUGACGAAUGGAACAAUCUACCCACCCUUGAAUCCUCUCUCGAAUGCCUCUCGUCCGCACUAUUGGUCAAUACCAGCCUCCAAGAACUCAAACUACACUUGGGACACGAAGGAAAGUGUCCCAAAUUAGACUCCUUCUUGGUACAGACCGCAAAGGCACUGGAAACGAACACGGCAUCGGCGCUUGCAGAACUAGAGGUGAUUGCUCCGUGUACGUACGGCGCCUGUGUCGAAGAAGCCUUUGUGACUACCCUACGCACCAACUAUUCUCUUCAAAAGUUGGAAUGCUUUACCACUUCGGAAGAUACCAGCAAGUACAUUAGUUUGGAUGCCGGACAUCGCACCGAAAUGGAACUCUAUUUGCGCCUCAACGAACAAGGACGAAAGGAACUCAUGACGAACAACACCCGCGAUACAUGGACUGUUGCUCUGGCCAAGCAUUCGCACGAUUUGGAUGCCCUCUUUUACUACCUCCAUUGCAAUCCGUGGCUCAUGACGCCGGGGGCGGAACGGCCCAAGACAACAACCUACUGCGACGAAAGCGACGUCGUCAAGAAGAUGAAGAAGAAUCGCGUAGAGGAUGUUUUGGUGGAAGAGAUUCAACGAUUACGACAAGAGAAUGCCACCCUCAAAGCCAGUCAACAAAAGAGACGUCGAUUCUUGCGCGAUGCCGCGGCCAUUGUGGCAAAUGUCGCCUUUCUGUGGGUAGCCACGGCAAGAACGACGUUCGGGAGUAAGAAGAAGGUGCAAUAA